CCGAAGCGUUGCGAGCCGCAGUCCCGGGUGUCGGGGGAAAGGUGUCGUUUGGGCAGUUGAAGCCGCUGUGGUUCUGCGCCCAGGCUUCUCCAUGGAGGCGGUGCCGGAUCCCGGGCCGGGGCUCUGUUGCAAGCCUGGCGGGCGGCUGGACAUGAACCACGGCUUCGUGCACCACAUCCGACGGAACCAGCUCGCUCGGGACGACUACGACAAGAAGGUGAAACAGGCGGCCAAGGAGAAGGCCCGGAGGCGGCACAUGCCUGGGCCGACGCGGCCUCGCAAGCCCGACCUGCAAGUGUACCUGCCGCGACACCGAGAUGUCUCUAACCAUCCAGUCAACCCAGACUGUGAAGAGUCCGGUGAUAGCAGCAGUAGUGGCAGCUCCGAGCUGGAGCCUCCUGGCCGUCAGCUCUUCUGCUUAGAAUAUGAGGCGGACAGUGGAGAGGUCACAUCAGUUAUCGUCUAUCAGGAUGAUGAUCCAGGAAGGGUGAGUGAGGAGGUAUCAGCACACACACCUCUGGAUGCACCCAUGCAAGAGGCCCUCAAGUUGCGUAUCCAGGAGGAGAUUGCAAAGCGCCAAAGUCAACACUAACCAGGUUGAAGGCAUUCUCUCCAGACUGGAUUCACUGCACUUGGAAGAAUUCUGCCCAGGGAACUCACCCCUUGUUUGGGGGUGCCAGAACCAGUCUAUCUGAUUUGAGACCCUGUAGAGCUGCUACAUCCACUAGGGUGUUGCAGGGCAACAUAUGGUCUACCUCUCUGGCUGCUAUUCUUUCUUAGAUAUUGGCCAUGUGCCCAGCCUAUUUUUCUGGAAUUUUUUUUUGAAAAUUUUGCUUUGCUAAUUUGCUUCAGAGAGAACCAGGGUUUGUGAAACCUUUUGCCAAUGUGGUGCUGAUCACUGAGGUCAUCUGGCCACUCCAUGAGCCACGUUCCACUCAGCCUCUAAAGCCAUGUGUAUUAUUUUAAAAGUCUUUUUUCUUUCCUUUUCAGUUUCUUUGUUCUUUUCCCCUCUUUUUUGUCUCAGGUAAAAUCCAUCAGUUUUUUCCCCCCACUUCUGUUCAGUACUUUGGGUGUGGGGAAGCUCCACUUUCUAACAAGUUCUCCAAGUAAUUCUGAUAUCAAUAAAGUGGGAGAACUUUUUUUUGAGGCCUACUUGGAAGCAUGUCUCCUUCCCCUUCCAUGCCUUUUCCAAGUUGCUCAUGUUCUACUGCUCUGUAGUUUAGGAAACUACAGAUAGAAGACCUCAGAAGAAAAGGCUAGAACUAAACAGUGGCACCAAAACUUGCUUUAGCGAAGGCUGCAGAAUUAUAGUUUUUUAUCUCAGCCCCUAGCCGUGAAUAGGUUAUCAGCUCAGACUAAAGGGGAACUAUGAAAACAAGUUUGACAGUGACUCUCCCAUGGUUACUUCAUAGUUGAGCAUGCAUGCCAAGGGAAACUCAACACUAGCGAUAAUCGGUCUUUUAAAGCUCUAGUUUCUUUCUCUGUUCCUCCUCCGCCUCCCCCUUCUCUUUCUCUUCCCCCUCCCAAUGAAUACCUUCUCCUGUAUCCCUUUCUCCUCUCCCUACUUCCCAAGAGUAAAUAACUGAUCCUUAAGGUAUAAAAAUUCCCAGGAAAUCUCAGACAUGGGGACGCACAUCUGUAUGUAAUUCCAGCACUCAGGAGGUAGAAAUAGGAAGAUCAUGAGUUCAAAGCCAGCCUGGAGUACGUCUUGUCUCAAAAAGAAAAAGAAAAGAAGAUGAUCCCUAGCAAUAGUCCUCUCAUCUAGAGAACGGUUUUUCCUUAUUCAAGGUUAGGCUAGGAUCUGAAGUCCUCAAGACACCCUGUGCACCAGAGAUAGUCUUGACUUUAAUGACUGGAAAUGUGGGCUCUUAAGCCUCUGAACACUAAGACUUACUAAACCCCUAAGGUCUCUGCUUCAAGGGCUUCUCUGCAUGAGGGUCUCAAGAUCAGUCUGGCUGCUUUACCUCAGCAAGUUUUCUCAUAAAAAGCACCUUAGAGUUUUAUUGGUUCAUGUCUUGCAUCCCUGACACACACAGACACAAAAUGGGUCAAGGCAGCUACUUCAAGUAGGCUAUUAAAAUAUUAAACACUGUUGGAUUUUGCUGGAAGAAUGCUAGGGUGGCCAGUGAGGUGGUAAGUUUUUAAAGGGGCCUGGUAAUGAAGAAGCCAGGAACCAGAAGUGCACCAGAACCACAGCACUGGCCCAGGGUUAAGUGCCUUAUACUUGUUAGUCGUGGACUCCAUUCUGCUGUCAAGGAGAAAGUCUUUGCCCUCUACUUAUGUAACUAUGCAAGAAGUGCCUUUGGACUUACAGUGUAAACUAUCCUCUUGAGUCAAGGAGGCCCUGCCAACUCCACCCCACUCUUCCUGCAGGUCAGAGGACCAGUCACUUUAAUUCUCUAGCUCUUCAGCUGAUUUUAUAACUUAAAAUGUAGGAUUUCCCUCUUAGGCUUCUCAGGCUGGAAAUACUUUUUGAAGUCUCUCUUCUUAAAGCUAUAUCACAAAUUUCCUGGUAUUGGAAAAAAAAAACCCAAAGCAUUGGAGGACACCUAAAAUUUUAGCCUUCAUUCCUGUUUCUCAGGAAAAGAAGAGGUUAAAGGCAGCAAUUAGUAUGAACCUGUUGUGUCCUUUUAUGUGUUUGCUCACACAAUUAAGACCUCAGGUAGGAAACUAAUGGAAAAAUCUUUAUUAUUAAAACAAUUUUUUUUCUUGAGGCACUUUAUUGUGUCUAUAAAAUAUUUUCUGCCCAAGAAAGCACUUCUUUGGUUCUUAGCUAAUUUAUGUAAUAUCUGUAAAUAAAGCAGUUGUCCUUAUGCUAAAGGUAGGCGUGUUGGAGCUGAUGCUCUGUCUCCAGAUGUGCCUGAAAUGCCUCUCGCCUUUCAGCUCAGCCUCAUUGCUUACGCCACUCCUCAUCUGAGGUCCAAGAUGGUACUUUGCAGCUUGCCAGACCUGCCACCAGACAUCUGUCACCUAUUU